AGCUUGUGGACUUGAUUGGUAAUCCUUCUAUUACACACACACACACACACUGCCUGUGCUGUGUAUCUUCCCAUAUAAUGCUCUAUUAGGUCUCCUUUUAAAAUAUGUGUGUUUGCACUCUUACAUUUAUCAGUUUAAGUGGCAAUUAUGUUUGUUCUCAUGUCUUCUUAUUACAUCCAUUGUUUCGGUAUUGCAUUUUGUCUUUAUUUCCUUCUUGAUCAUCACAUGCACGAUAUCUUUUCCUUUCUCUUUGUUCCAGUCAAUUUAGAUCAUAUGCAAUAUCACUGUACCCCACCAUCACCAUUAAAAGCCAUAUUCACACACAUCUUUCACUCCUGUUUGCCCCACUCCCUUUCUCUCACUCGUUUUUUCUCUGUCUCUCUCGCACACACACACAAACUCACACCUCUUUGCAGCAAAAAGGCACAUAAUGGGAAAAAUAAUAAGGUUGAAAAGACAAUGGGGAAGAAAGAGGAAUUAAAAGUGGGAGUUAAGAACAUGCAUGUUUAACAUAAUUGGUUUUAACAUGGUAUUGUCAUCAUCUUUUCUUCAUUGUUAAACAUACAUUACACACCUGCAUUCUUACCCUCUAUGUGUUCAUUUGAUGACGAUGUCAUUAUGAUGUCAUCAUACUGUAGAACUUUCUGAUGUUUCUCAGAAUCUCUUCAAGCUGAAUUUAUUCAAGAAUAGUACUGUAAAAUGUUUGUGUUGAAACUGGUAUUUUUUAGCUCUGCUAUUAGCACAGCUUUGAGUUGUUAUCAGUGCUUUAUCGAUGUCGACGACAGUCUUCGUUUGUGUUGGGGCCACAUUCUUACCAAAUACAAUACAAGGAAUGUGGAUUCUUGUUUCAAAACACUGGAUCGAAUAUUCAACAAUGAACCUAAAAUAAUUGAGGCGGGGAAAGUGGGGAGAGGGUUUGACUUGAUGCUGAGGAAUAUCUUGCUGGCUGAAAUUAUGCCUAUAGUGGAAGAAUUUGACCAGGAGACAAAUGAAGACACUGUGUAUGAGUUCAGAUUACAGGCAGCAGCAAAUAAUUUCAUUGCUGAGGCUUCAAAGCUGCCUAGAGCCUCUGGAUGUUUCCCCCCCUGUGGUUUCCAGGAGCAAGGUGCCGUUUAUAACUGCAUGACCUGUCAGUAUGAUUCCUGUGAGUUCCCGCUAGACUGCCCCGUGAAAGAAAUCAAAAUAGAGGAGAACAACAGGACUGAGAUGUGGUGUAAGGUUCCAUUCCUCUUGCCCACAGACGCAGAGAUAGUCUGGAGAUAUUCUGUGAAGAAUACCGUGUUGAUGGACCAUUUCAAAGAGGUAACGGUUGGUGUGGAUCCUGUUUACUUCAUCCCCUCUGCUCGCCUGGAGCACUCGGGCACCUACCAGUGUGAAAUAUUUUCACAGGAGCAUUCUCUCGUACGCAUCUACUACUACCUCACAGUGGUCCCUCUGACACAGUUAAGUCAUGCAGAACUACAGGAUGUCUUUGACAAUGCUCUCCUCCCAGGAGGCCAGUUCCCUCACCGCUCCCCUACUGUCCCAUUCACCUUGUGGCUGCCUAGCCUUGAGCUUCUGACCACCUGUUUGACUGCAGUACUGCUGCUGGUCUUCCUUAGUCUAGGGGUGCUGUUUUGGCUGUCCUGUGUAAGAAAGACCAGUAACUAUGAUCCAGAGCAAGACAAAGAAUACACAGAAAGGGAGGUUUAUUUAAUUCACUACUAAACUUGAGCGACAUCCACAUGAGGUAAACAAUAAAAUAUUAAGUGCCAAUGAAAUGUGUUCCUGUGCUUAUUUGGUAGAGCAUUUCUAACAGUCCAAAGGUUGUGGGGUCUGGCAGGACACAACAAAAGGUACCUUCAAAGUGGCUUGUCUGUCAAAUCUCGUUAAUAUAAACGAAUGUAAUGUAAUGUAAACUUCACUUUAUCUUGAAAAAUGUAUGACUUGGUAACAAAACUACAGUAAACUUUAAAUUUAGUUUGAUAAAUGUUUAAUAGAGGAAGAGAACACAUGUGCUGUUGGCUGUCGCGAGUGUUUGAGUAAAGCUGUACCACUAGCUCACUUUAUAAACCCUAUUUUAUGUUACUAAAUAUAGCUAGACAUGACUCAUUGUGUAACUCCGUUUACAGUCAUUACUCAAUAUUUUGUUAAAAUUGGGCGCGGUAAUACUUUAUAGCACUACAACUGAAAGAAGAAAUAACAUCUUAUAUGAAAUAACUUCUAUAGCUAGCGCUGGUUGAUUAUGACUUUGCAUUGAUGGUAUAUUAUAUUAUUUGAAAUUAUUAGGCUAUUUAUAAAAUGUAUAUAAUACUAAAUAUUAAAUAAUGCAAUAUUAAAAAAUAAUACAAUUCCUUACGAAUAGUUCAUUUAUCCAAAACGUCCUAACUGAAUUUGAACAUUUGAAAUUACGCAACUUUAAUGACGUCAAGUAAAGGGACUCCGACAAUUUCAUUUCUUUCGGUGUUAAAAAAAAAAAUUCUUUCAGUGUUGUUCAUGCUACUGGAUAAACCAACUAGCUUAAAACAAAUCAACUCAAGCAGUGUUUUCACAACAUCUGGUUACAUACGUUGAAUUGAUUUAUUACCAAAGGGAAAACAAAUUGGGUUUGAACUUUGUAUCGUCAUCUGUAUGGAAUCUUGAUUUUUGAGUAUUAGAAAGCCUAUGCUGUCAGACUCGUUCUUUGCAACGAUUAGAUCUUCAUAAAAAACGUACAUCCUAAAAAAGUCUACAGUACGGUCAAAUAGAUAUUUAAAAAAUGUAUAGGUCUAUAGCCUAUUAAACUACGAUCUUACAGUAAUUGUUUUUAGUUGAGACAAAUGUGUUAUUUUAUUUUAUUUUAUAUAUCUGUGCAUUUUGACUGAAAUGUCUCAUAUUUGUAGAUUUUUAUUAAUUUAUUCCAUUACAAAGUACACAUUUUUUUUAAGUAGAAAACUUUAGCCAAAUUAGUAAAAGAAUUAUAAGUGAGUUAUGAGAAGAUAAUUAUAAGAUAUAUUAUGAUUAUUUAGAUUUUCACAGAUAACACCUUUUCUGGGUUGUUCCUGAUGACAUUCACAACUAUAUUCUAUUGAGCCGUGUAAUUAAUACGAAAUAAAUGCGACAGCGACAGGCCUAUUAGUAACCAGUGACGUAAAUUGUACCAUGGGGUGGGGGGUGAUCCGUUUCGUUGACAGCUGAAAUGUGUGCCGUUGUUAUUUUUGGAACCGUUACAACAAUAACCGCAGGCUAAAGUAAUAUGGGUGUGCCCAUGCAACUAUUGGGACUGAUUGUGUAUAUUAAUUAAAGUAAGUAGUUGCACGCAAUUAAAUUAUCUAAAUGUAGAUAUAUGAAUAUAUAGUUUAGACUUUAAUGUUUUUAGUUACCUUAGUAGUACAAUAAAAUUGUGAUCUGAUUUGAGUAAAAAUAAGUUAAAUUCAGCAAUGCUACUACUGUAUUAUCUACUGUAUUAUCUAAUCAUGUUAGCUCUAAUUAAACUCAGAAACUGUUUUGUUAAAUUUAUUUAGGGUCAGUGGCAUUUUUUCAAUGUACAUAAGUGAAUUACCUUUUAAAUAUUUGCUAAGGUUAACGCACAACGCGUUUGCAGAUUAAUACUCUUUAUUUGAUUUCUUAGUUUAAAAAAUCUUUGUUCUUGGUCGAAGAUUUAGACUCAUUAGAUUAUUUUUCUCUUUGAUUCUGUGUACUAAACGAACAAAGUUUUAUUGUGAUUAUAAUUACUGAUCAUCACAAAUCGUGAUGCUUCUGCUUCGCAUGUCUUUGUGCGCUUCUUUAUCUUGAGCUUCUUGAGAUUAACAGUAGCCUACCGAGGUCAUGACUCUAACAUGGAAACAUCUGGGAAAACAAGACGAAUGUUAAUAUCAAUA